CGCUUUCCUUUCAACAGGAAGUGGUGUCAGAGUGACUCAUCACUACAACUUUACCCUCUUUUCCCUGCUAGUUAAGCACGGCUGGGAUUUCACGCUUUCUGACUGGACGUUCCUACAUUUCCUGUAGUGAAAAUGAGCAAUCCCGAGGACCCUAAAGUGACAACAACACCACAUAUAAUCAAAGAAGAGGUGUUGGCAGAAGGGAAAUGGGUAAAGCUGGAACAGACCACAUACAUGGACCCUGCAGGAAACACCAGAACCUGGGAGACGGCGAAGCGGACGACCAGGAGGACCAACACAGAGGCAGACGGAGUAGGAAUCAUCGCGCUGCUGAAGCGGACGCUCCAUAAAGACUGCGUCGUCAUGGUGAAGCAGUUCCGUCCUCCAAUGGGAGGCAACACCCUGGAGUUUCCAGCAGGACUGAUCGAUGAGGGGGAAACGGCAGAUGUGGCUGCGCUGAGGGAACUGAAGGAGGAAACCGGCUACAAAGGAGAAGUGGUGGGAGUGACUCCAGUGACCUGCCUGGACCCCGGCCUGUCCAACUGCACCACCCAGAUCGUCCUGGUCAACAUCAACGGAGACGACGUGGAGAACAUCAACCCCACACAGCAGCUGGGCGACGGAGAGUUUGUCGAAGUUAUCCUUUUACCGCUCGAUGAGUUCCAGUGCAAAAUCGACGACCUGAUCCGGAGGGAGAAGAUCAUUGUGGACUCCAAGGUUUAUAUCUUUGCCAUGGGAAUGGCUCAGGCCUUCUUCAAGCCCAGGGAGCUGCCCGUCCUAAAGCAGUGAUGGAACAAGGAAGAGCUGGUCUUUACUUUGACCCGCGCCUGGGAAUUUGAGGAUUCUUCUCAUUUUGAUGGGGGAUUUUUUUGGAAAAUGUAUGGAUUUGUGCUUUUUAAUCUAAAUGAAUCUGGUACUCCAAUAUUGGUCUCGUUAGUCGUUUCAACGAAGCUGUGAAGAAAUAAUGAAAGAGAUCAGGGUCAAAACUACAUUAACCUUUGCUCUCAAUGUCUUUCAUUCUCAACAUGAGAUUUGUUUAAUGUUUGACAUUCCUUGAGUGAUGAUUAGGAACAUUUAAUUGCAUCAAACCUUUUUAAUGUAGUUCUCAGGAAACAUUCCUUAAUAAUUGCUAACAUUGUUUUCAAAGAAUCUUGGCACAUUUGUUGCUAAAUUAGUUGUUAUGGUGAAUGUAAAUAUGCCUGAUGAUGCAUUAACAGUGUGGGAGGGUGUUUUACUCUGUAGUGUUCGGUGAUGGUAAUGCCAACCCAGUCAGCUGAUUGGGUCAUUCUGUACCCAACUACUGACCAGUGAAUAAAAAGUGUUUCUACCUGU